AUGUCUACCUUCUACUACGGCGGCCAUCAACAACAUCAUGUCCCUAACCCGCACCCGUUGUCACAAAGCCACGUUCAUCAUGGACGUUCGCGGCGGGCCCCCCGUUUAUCGACCGCGCAGAACUCUCAUCGACAAUUCCGUGCGCCUAAGAUGGUGAAAGAAGCCGUUGCUCCUGAAGUCCCAAGUCUGGCGGCGUAUCGAGCGAGGUUCGAGGCCGGCCGGUCUUUCGAUCUCGACGACGACCUGGAGUUCUGCCCGAACCUCUUGUCUUUCGAUGAGGUUUGUGGCAGUCCCCUCUUCACGCCCUCGACCUUUACUGACUUCGAGAAGCGGCAGUCAGUCACUUCAGGAUCUUCCGACCGCUCUUCGUUGUCCAGCGGCUCACCCGAAUCCUCUCCUCUGCAAACGCAGAUCCAACCUCAACAGAUCACCCCAUCCCUUUCCAUUUCUAGCGCCGCCACAUCUGCCUACAUGUCUCCUCCCACUUACGCCAACAGCAAUAAUAACAACCUAAAAAUCCAUCAACCCUCGGCGAUCCGCACUCGCAAUAACGCCAUCCCUAUUGUCAACCCUUCCACUGGCACUCGCAUCUCGAGCCCACCAUCAUCCAUCUCGCCAGGUAUGAUGCAACAGACCACUGCCGCUCGCCGGUGGUAA